AGGCGUUUCUUUCCUGUCUUUACGACACUGGCGCUGCUUUCCGGGAUAGUGACGUGGAACGUCAACAGUCUAACAUGGCUGAGCCCGAGGAAAUCUCGCCUCUGUCUUCGCCUUCUCCCCCGCUGUCCUCUCCGGGAGCCGGUGAAGAGGAGGAGCCGGAUAGCUGGGAGGCAGAUCUUAGUGAAGCUUUGGAGGCCGGAGGGUGUGACCUUGAGACAGUGAGAAAUAUCAUUCAAGGAAGGCCAGUCCCGUGUGAUCUCAGGCCUAAAGUAUGGAAGAUCGCACUGAAUGUGUCUGGGAAAGGGGACAGUUUAGCUUCAUGGGAUGGUUCUUUGGAUCUCCAAGAGCAGCCACUCAUCCACAGAGACUGCCAAAAUCUUAUCGACCAGCUGUCAGUGGCUGAAGAAACAAAAUCUGUGCUGCUUCAGGAUAUCGAAUCUGUCGUCACCUUUUACUGUAAAUCACGCAAUGUUAAGUACCAGGAAGAUGCCAGCUGGAUUCAUCUUCUUAUGCCACUGGUGGACCUCCAGCUGCCACGCAGCGAUUUAUAUAAUUGCUUCUAUGCAAUUAUGAAUAAGUAUAUCCCAAGGGAUUGUAACAGGAAAGGAAAACCAUUUCAUUUAUUUCGACUCCUUUUGCAGUACCACGAGCCAGAACUCUGUUCUUUUCUAGACACCAAGAAAAUUACACCUGAUCUUUACGCACUUAACUGGUUCGGAAGCCUGUUGGCCUUUCAUUGCUCUGUGGACGUGACUCAGACAAUCUGGGACAAUUACUUACAGCAGGCAGAUCCGUUCUUCAUGUACUUCCUUAUGCUCAUCAUGCUCGUCAAUUCCAAAGAAACUGUACUAGCUCAAGAAGUGGAUGACAAAGAAGAACUUAUAAAGUGUCUGGAAAGGACCCCCUCAAGUUUAGAGGCAGAGGACAUUGAGGACCUCUUCACUCUGGCUCAGUAUUACUACAGCAAAACUCCAGCUUCCCUUCGUAAGGAUCACCAGAGUUUGUUUGGCAGUAGCUUGAUCGCUUUCAAAGACGACACAGACUUGAGCCAGGCCCUUUGUUUAGCAGUUUCCGUGUCUGAGAUUCUUCAAGCAAAUCAGCAGCAAGGGGAUGGAGUGCGUUUCUUUGUGGUGGAUUGCCGGCCUGCAGAACAGUACAACUCUGGUCACCUUUCAACAGCCUUCCACUUGGAUUCUGACCUGAUGCUACAGAACCCAGGAGAAUUUGCACUCUCUGUUAAGUCACUGCUGGAAGCACAAAAACAGUCCAUUGAAUCAGGAUCCAUAGCUGGAGGUGAACACUUAUGCUUCAUGGGAAGUGGCCGCGAAGAGGAAGAUAUGUACAUGAACAUGGUCCUAGCUCACUUUUUACAGAAAAAUAAAGAGUAUGUCAGUAUUGCCAAAGGAGGAUUCAUGGCACUGCAGCAGCAUUUAGCAGAUAUUAAUAUGGAAAAUGGCUAUGGACACUGGAUAGUUAGUACUUCUGGAUCACGCAGCAGUAUUUCCAUGUAUGCAGAUGGUGAUUCUGCUAUUGCUGCGGGUGAUGGCAGAGGGAUGAAGUCCUUGGUAAACAAAAUGACUGUAGCUUUGAAAACCAAGUCUGUAAAUGUAAAGGACAAAGUCAUCAGCUUCAUUGAGAACACAUCGACUCCAGUAGAUAGAAUCUCUUUCAAUAUACCCUGGCCAGAGAGGGCGAGUUUGGAGCGACAUGUAAGCAGCAGUGACAGAGUGGGGAAGCCCUAUCGGGGUGUAAAACCAGUGUUCAGCAUUGGCGAUGAAGAAGAAUAUGACACAGAUGAGGUUGAUAGCUCUUCCAUGUCCGACGAUGACCGCAAAGAAAUUGUUAAUGUGCAGACAUGGAUAAACAAGCCUGAUGUCAAACACCAUUUCCCGUGCGAUGAAGUAAAAGAAAACGGACACAGGUUCCCAAGUCACCUUUUGGUAACAGCGACUCAUAUGUAUUGCCUGAGAGAGAUUCUAUCUAAAAAGGGAUUUGCCUACAUACAGUCUCGGCAAGCUCUUAGCACCGUCGUCAAAAUCACAUCAAAGAAAAAACAUCCUGAACUUAUAACUUUUAAAUAUGGAAGCAGCAACCCCACCGGGGUAGAAAUCUCAGCAGUGGAAAGGUAUUUAAUUCCUAACGCCGGGGAUGCCACCAAAGCCAUAAAACAACAAAUUAUGAAAGUCCUCGAUGCCUUGGAAAGCUAACAAGAUCUUCAUACAAAGACAUAUUUAAAUAUAUAUAUAACGUGACUAGAUGUGGAAAGCAUGGGACCUUUUCUAUCUGAUGGGCUAAUAAACUGUUUAUUUAAUUUCCACAAGGGAUCUAUUUCCUAGCACUCCUUUGGCAUAAGUUCUUUUGUAUGAUCAUUUUGAGAUGAGGGUUCCCCAGUUGACAGUUCCACACAAAAUUUAACACUUGCAAGACGGAACGGAUGAUAUAUAGUAUUGAUUAUAUGUGAGGUAUGCUCAACAGUAUCUAGUCAAUACCUUGUCAUUAAUGGGAAAAUGACCAUCGGGCUAGCUACUGUGACCCUUGCAGAAUAGAUCUGCCCAUCUGUCACAUGGCGGGGACACUUUCCAGGAGGACACUGUAAUUUACCGGACACCCUGUUUCCAUAAACCAAAUGCCCCAAAAGUGUGCACUAACGAUAUAGUGUGUUCUUAAUGGGUCAUGUUUUACUUAAGCAAAAUGUAACCUGAUCUGAAUGUUUUAUAGGGCUUGCUCCUGGCUCCUGAUAGCUCAUGUUAUAUUUAGGAAAAGACGUGCAAUUAUUUUGAACAUUUGUUUUUUGGAGUACAUAUUAGGAGAGGGGUAAUUGUAUUAAAAGCACAGAAGGACAGAGACACUGUAGGAUUGAAGUGGUGAUGACACACAAGGAUUAUAGGGCCCUUGGAUAGGACAGGGGCCCAAUGUGUAACAGCAGGGAUAACAUUUCCCAUUUUUCCUAAAACUCUUCCAUUUAUAUUGACCAAAAUGUACUUUGAAUUUGAGAUGCUCCUAAUAUUUUUGGAUUCAGCCAAACCCUGCAUCCUUCAUGAAAGAUUCAGCCGAAUACCAAAUCCGAUCCCUAACUUGCAUAUGCUAAUGGCUAAGGCUGUGGAAGGGCUAAAUAGAAGCGCGUGCUUAAAGAACUUGAAUUUUUUACUUCCGUGUUCUAGUAACCAAAAGUCGGAUUCAGAUUCGCUUUGUCCACACACUUGGAUUCAGCCGAAUCCUGCUGAAAAAAGGCCACAUUUUCGAAUCCCAAACCUAAUCCUGGAUUGGGUGCAUCCCUACUCUGAAUAAAUAUAUAAUGUUUUUUUCUCCCAGUGAAUAGCUAUCACAAUAAUCAGGCUCGCCCUUGGGUCCCUUAUGUGUCUGCAAAAUAAUGAGCAUACACUGUUCUCCUAACCGGGGGCCCUGAAUAAUGUAACUUUAUCAGGGGUGAAUAAUAUAACCACUUACUGCCAUUACUUGAGUUAGGAAAGAAUGAUUGGGUGGAAGUGAAACACUUCCAGUCAAAAUGGAAUCGUAUAUGAAUGCACCUUUUGGUUAUUUAUGUCUUAUGAAUCUUCCUUUGGUUUGUACCCUGUGCUGCCUUUUUAUGUUUGUUAUAGUGUUUUUGGCAACAAGAUCUGAUCCCUUCCCGACAUUUCCACUGAUAUUCUCUUUUUAUAAAUCACUAAUCAUCUUAUAAGAAGUCAGAAGGUAGGGUGUGACAACUAAUCCUAGGUGGCUUGGCAUGUUCUCUGUUGUGAAGGCACAGUUCUUUUCAGAUGGGGGGUAUCUGCCGAAACCCCUCAUUGCUGCUGUAAAACUAUAACCCCAAACUUGUGUAAGGGGGUGCUGUUGUAGAGAUGCAUGUCAUCUGUACAUUAGCUAGGAAGUAUAAUGCAGACCCUCUCUGCCCCAUAUGCCCCCAACAUAACUUUGUACAACUAUCUGGCAAAAUGGUUUCCAAAAAUAACACUAUCAGUAUUAAAGUGGCAAUUUGCAGGGUUAAUUAAAGGGGUUGUUCACUUUUAGUAUGAUGUAGAGAUUAAUAUUCAGAGACAAUUUGCAGUUAGUCUUCAUUUUUUAUUACGUGUGUUUUUUUUAAUCCAGCAAUUCUCGUGUUUGGAAUUUCAGCAGCUAUCUGGUUGCUAGCAUCCAACUUAUCUUAGCGACCAGAGAGUGGAUUGAACAAGACACUGAUAUAUUUAUAGGAGAGGACCUAAACAGAAAUAAAAAAAAAAAAAAA